CAUCUCUCCUCACCUGCACCACGAACCAGUGCGCUCUUCCCCGCAAAUCAAUAAUUCCGCGCGUUUACAAGGCCUUACCAGAUGGAGGGCUCCAGGAACCGAAAACAGCGACGGGCAGCCGCGACAGCUGCAACGACUGCCAACAGCGACGCGUUCGAUCCGUCCACGAUCCCUCUCUCUCGCCCCCCGCCGAAGUCGUCCUCGAAUGCCAAAGAAAGGACACUGAUGGACAUAAUCUCUGAACGACAGAGUGAACUAAUCGGCAAAGCCACUGUCGCCGGGGCCGAGUCAGGCGUGAGUCCAGGGACCCGGUUCGUCACCGUGGAUCCAACGACCGGCGAGAUUUCUGGUCUCGACCCAUCGGAGCUGGCUGCAGCAAAAGGCAAAGGGAAAGGAGAAAGGGUCCAAGAAAUCACCGAAGACGCAUCGUCGGACGAUGACGCACAGUCCGAGGAGAACGAAGCCGAUCCCGAGCAUCUCAUCCCGCCCGUCAUCGAUACGCUGCUGCUGUCCGUGCCCCUGACCACACUGCAUAUGACUCUGUCCUACCUCGCCGCCCACCAGUAUGCGGAGAAGAUCGAACUCGACAUUAUCGUGCGCGAGUCUUUGUGGGUCGCUUUCCCGAUGCUGACGUUUCUCAUUCAUCUGGCCCACGGCCAUGUCAUCUCCUUCUUCGCCGGCGCCUCCAAAACCACUGAAACUAUAUCUCUAUUCCCAUGGGACAGCGAUAAGCUGUCGUUGGAAUUUUUUCGAAAGCUCCUCUUCCCUCCGGCUCUACGCACCCUGGUUUUCCUCCCGCUUGCCAUCUUCCUUGGCUGUAAGCUGAUGGUCAUAACCAACGAAGACCCGUACUACGCUGUUAUGAAGGGGGCACCUGCUAUCGGGACGAUGUGGAUAUGGAGCAUUCUGGAGAUUUCUGUGGGCGCUGCUGUUCUGGGAGCGCUGGUGCCACUUACAUGGGGCGUGUGGUGGAUGGGCUACGGGAUACUGUGAUAUGUUGAGGAAAUCAUUGAUCAACAUCCGGGAGGCCCGACUCGCAGGUCCGUCUAGGUGAUGCCGCUGGCUUCGUCGCAUGAAAGGCGCUGGAUCUUGGUACGAAAUGCUUUGGUCUGUGAAUUAGCUACAUCAAUGUCUUGGUUGUCGUGGCUUGCUCGAUUAGCCAGACCGAGGGACUUGGACAUACCUAG